AUGAGUACUCCUUCGACAGCUGAGUUCUACUCCUCGAUAGCGACCUUUCUGCAGUGUCUCAACUUGACCACGAAAUUUGAGGGUCAAGUCCCGAACGAGUUCCAGAUAAUAACCCAUGCAAAAGACAAUGAUGGGGGGUUUAUUCGAUACACGUACAAUCCGUCCGAGAAAAAUGUGACGUAAGUGGGACGCGGGUGCAAAAUUUCAAUUUUAUGUGCUAGAAUCCAUCUAGUAAGUAGGUGACCCUAAUUUUGUGGAGUUUUUAAGUUCGAGAAGGAGGUAUUUUGCUGCGUUUUUGAUACUUCCCGGAUGCAAAAUAGUACGUUUUUUGCCACCGGAUUAGGUCCGCCACUGUAUGUUUGCUUCGCUGGUAGAGUCGGAAGUGAAAUUCUGAGGGAUUAAAGACGAAUUUCGGGUGCGCGCGAUAUGCUUGAGAAAGGUUUAUCCACAUCAAAUGUUACUUUCAGUGACGAGAAACUGGACUUGGUUGACAGACAGACAGGCCUGGAAAAUUAUCGCUUUCACUUGGCGCUGGAAGAAGACAAGCUUCUCACCGGAGUUUCUGGAUCCAAGGCUGAAAAGUAGGGCUUUAUUUUUAAAAUAUUGUUUUUGUAGGAAAUGCCUGGUUUUUGAUAAGAAAAUCAAAAAUGUAGAUUUUUUAGUACUAUGUAGAUUUUUACAACAAGAAAAGAGAACAGGGGGGUCAAGGCAGAGAGUCAGCCUCUGCACGCCUCUGAGAUGACUAGACUUGCCUACCGGGCUGGGCCGGCCCGGAAUAGUUAAAGUCCAGAGAAGAUUAGGUUUGCUAAUGAAAAUAAACGCAAUGUCAAAACACAAUUGGUUUUUUAAAGAUAUUUUUGUUUUUAUUAGAUACCUACGGAACACAGUAUUUAUCUAUUUACGUGAUGAUAGAAAAGAGUUUGGUCAUAACGAGUUAGACUUGGGGAGACUUUUGUUUCAAUGGGCCGGCCCGGGCCGAAGAAAAUUUGAAACGGGACGGCCGACGAGCCAACUCAUCUGUGACGUUGCAGGAUUUGCCCCGUAUUCAACAAAGCUUUCGAGGAAAGGUACUGCGCUGCACAAACAUUUUCCGAAAUUUUGGGGCUUGAUUUGGUGAGCAUUGGGUGUCAGGUACCAUAUGUAACCUCGUUCAAAUUGAACGGAACCAAGCUUACCGGGUACGCACACGAAACCGAGAACCAGUUCAACUGCGAGAGCAAGCUAGCAGUGUUUGGAGACAAGAUUGUCUUCAAAAAUAAGGGAGAGGACGUCUGCAAAGAAAUAAAUUGGGCUGUGGAUCACGUUUGGAAAGCGUCGGAAUGCGCAAAGGACGACAAAUUCAAGUUGAAUUCAAAGAACGUCUUACUUUUUCCAUUAGUAAGUUAAAAAAACGCGUCCCAACUUUUCGGGUCAGGGACGGAUCGGGUCAACGACAUUCCGGGUUAACGAUACCGUUUAAUGUUUUCGCUUCGGGACUGGGAAAAAAGAAUUUUUUGGAGAAUUUGAAAAAAAAUUAAAUGUUUCCGCUUCGGGACUAGGAAAACAGAACUUUUUGAAGAAUUUGAACAAAAUUUUCACGUUUACAUACAAGAUACGUCCUUUCCUAACAGUCAACAGCGGAAUAAUUUAUCUAAAAAAUCCAGAAAAAACAUUUUUACCCUACUCUGUAAAAUAAAAUUGUAACAUUCAGAUCGGUUCUCCACAAAAAAUCUUUUUUUUGUUUUCUUUUCCCGAAGCGAAAACGUUUAAAAAAUUUCUUCAGUUUUCUCAAAAAUUCUUUUUUCCAGUCCCGAAACAAAAAAAUUAAACGAUAUCGUGUCGUUAACCCGAAAUGUCGUUGACCCGAGCUGUCCCUGACCCGAAACGCCGUAGCGCCAAAAAACUGUUUUUGUUUUAUUUGUAAUCUAAUUCUUGUUUUCAGGACUACAUCCUUAUUAAAUUUUCGGUGGAAGGAUGUCAGCAACCUGGUCCUGAGGUAACCGAUUAUUUGAACAACACCUACAUCAACUACCUGUACAAUCCGAACAGAAGAUCGUGGGUCCUCGCUUUCUGUGAAUUAUAUUUUUUUAGAAGUUCCGAGAAUGUGACGAUGGCGACGAUCCAAGCUGAAUCCCCGAAUUGGGCGCUGAUAGGUGGAGGUAUUGGCGGGGCGCUGGUGUUCCUCUUACUGCUGACAGGACUGGCCAUUUUUCUCAUUCGACUAUACAAGAAAAGACAGUAUCGGUAAGGUUUCGAUCAAAUUAUUGAUCUAAAUGUAUUUAACUUCAGCCGUCAUCCCGCGCGCCACGUCCGAUACGACUUCUCCACUGGCACGGGAAUGCAAACGCCAAAGGAGUGCGAGGGCAGAUAUCGUUUGGUAAAGCUGAAGAGUGGCAGGAGACUUCAGGUCCCGGUGAGUGACUUUGUGUUAUAAUGGGAUUUUUGGGGACUUUUAAAAAAAUUAAAAAAAUUUUUUUUUUGUGUUUUUCGGACUGAAAUGUUGGUAUACACUGCAUUUCAAAAUGAUAGGCACGCCUAUAAAAUCUGCAAUUGCGGCGUCGACGUGCAGUUGACGGAUACGAAACCUUUACAGAUUGAAAGAGGAGGUUCGAAAACCUAUACCAAAAAAUAAUCUUUUUUAUUGCACUGCAAUUGCACUUUGCACAAAAGAUUUUCCAAAUUUUGGGUGUUUCAAAAUGAUCGACACGGUUGCUAUUUUUGCUAAAAACUUGCGAGUAUGGGCCCCAUAGGGCCUGAAAUUAUUAGUAUGACUGUAUUGCAACUGUCUGGGCCUUAUUGACAGGGGAAGUACUCCAAGUGCGACGCUCAGAUCUUCAUGAAACUCGGCACAAAUUUAGAAUAAUUUUUUCUAAGAUAUAUGAGAGAAUCCUAGCUCGCGCUUUGCAGAAACAACCAAGAUUUUUAAAUCGAAAGCCGGCGAAAAUUUAGGACUUUUUGCCGAAUUUCGGCAUGAAAAGUUUCAUGCCUAUUUCAACCGUAAAGGAUAAUGUUUCUACAAAAAAAUCAAAUUUUUCCGCACGAAACUGCCAAAGUUAUGGCCAAAAACGUUUUUCUCUCUGACCGCUCUCCACGUUUAGCGCGCUCUCUCGGCGACAUAAAUCGUCCGAUAUCUCGGCGGCGCCUGCGAAACGCGAGCUAAAACUUUCAGGACUUUCAUUUCAAUACUAUGGACAUCCAAACUUGAGUAGCAGAGGCAUUAAAAGGCAUUUUUCUGGCCCGAUUCGCAGAGUUAUAACCGAAAAAACUGCAAUUUUGGCCUUCUUAUUGAGCUAUCUGCACUUUAAAAGUACACACAAAAAAUCCCUCUUAAAUUUUUGUUGCCCAGGUUGUGGUGAACCACUAUGCAAAAUCUCAGCUUUCCAAGACUCCUCCGGAAAAAGUUAUAACCGUUACAAUAUAUGACCCUUGUAUGUCCAAUAUUUAGUAAAAUACGAUGAACUAUGAUGCAAUAUGGGGUUAUAUGAUGGAAUUUCUAUUGCUGCUGUUGUGUUUGAUUUUCAUUUUGUGUUUUUCAGACGAUCAUCGAUAAUGUGGAGGUGAAGCGGAUGGUCGCCGAGGGCCAAUUCGGCGCAUUUUACGAAUACCAGUACAAGGGGACGUCGUACUGGUACAAGUUGGAGGCCAACCUAGGCCCCAAAUACAAGCAACCGCUCGCCUGCGAGAGCGGCGUCUACCAGCUCUUGGACCAACUGCCGAAGCUCCCAGACAAAGCGUAAGUUGGAUGGGGACCAAACAAAAUUUUGAGAAAUACAGGGUGGGCCACUAAAACCUUCCGUCCUCUUUUUUUAGAUUUCUCCGCUGAGACUCCGCCGAUUUUCAUGAAAUUUAGAUUUUUCUCGAGCUGAGAUGCGCCAUUUUCAACCGGUUGAAUUUGAAACAAAAUUAUCCUGAAUUGACCUUUCUAUGCCUUCCCAAAGUUUUUGAAAAUUAUUUUCGAGCCGAAACCGCUAAAACAUAGAAAAUUUUUGGAAUGAUUUUCGGCGCUACGACAUUUCGGGUCAGGGACAACUCGGGUCGCGACAACUCGGGUCAACGACAACUCGGGUCAACGACACUUCGGGUCAACGACACCUCGGGUCAACGACAUUUCGGGUCAACGAUGCCGUUUAAUAUUUUCGCUUCGGGACUGGGAAAAAAGAAUUUUUUGGUGAAUUUGAAAAAUUUUUGAAAUGUUUUCGCUUCGGGACUUGUAAAAAAGAAUUUUUUGAAGAAUUUGAACAAAAUUUUUAAAUGUUUUCGCUUUGGAACUUGGGAAGAAAGGUCAAUUCAGGAUAUUUUUUUUCAAAUUCAACCGAUUGAAAAUGGCGCAUCUCAGCUCCAGAAAAAUCUAAAUUUCAUGAAAAUCGGCGGAGUCUCCGCGGAGAAAUCUAAAAAAAGAUGACGGAAGGUUUUAGUGGCCCACCCUGUACAGUGAAGGGCCUGAUCCAAUGGCAAAAAACGUCCCAUUUUGCAUCCAGGAAGGAACCAAAUUAUCUCCAAAUACCUCCCUUCUAUAAGCUAAAAAACCCCGUUUUGAAGGGCGCGCCCUUUCCUUCAAUAAGACAGCGCUAGCUCCGACUGCUUCCAACAAUAUUCGCAAUCAAAAAUCGCGCGCUUUUUUCUUUUCUUGCAUUCUCCUUCUCCGGGGAAAAAACAAAAUUCGGCAAAUACAGAAGGCCAAAAGAGAAAGAGAGAAACGCAAAAGGCGCGCGCUUUUUGAUUGCGAAUAUUGUUGGAAGCAGUCGGCGCUAGCGUUCUCUUUUUGAAGGAAAGGGCGCGCUCUUCAAAACGGAGUUUUUCAGCUUAUAGAAGGGAGGUAUUUGGAGACAAUUUGGUUCCUUCCUGGAUGCAAAAUGGGACGUUUUUUGCCAUUGGAUCAGGUCCCCCACUGGAAAAAAAUUAUAAAAAAACUUCUAAUCCGUUUGUUUCAGCUAUAUUGGCAGUAUGCUGAGCUGCUGCCACUUCUCCGAAGGCGUCUACUGCAUGCGGGUCGAAAAUUAUGGACCAAACGUUCGCGAGAUGCGCCAAGGACAACUAAUGGCUCUGAACGAGGCCCAAAAACUCUUCUUCCAGUUGCUUUACUGCACCAAAGCGCUGAUCAAGUACGGGAUUUGCCAUCGGUACAUCAAAGAAAGUGCAUUCUACGUCAAGAAAGACCGAGAUACGUAUCGGGUGAGUUGAGUUUGUAUUUUUUCUGGUUUAGUAUUAAUUUUUUUUUAAAUACUUUUUCACCUUUCGGGCCGGCGUUCUCGGAGGAUAGGUUACCCCUGACAAAUAGGUUACCCCACCGGAUAGGUUACCCCAAGUUUCGGAUAGGUAACCUCGGAGGAUAGGUUACCCCACGGAUAGGUUACCUCGUAGGAUAGGUUACCCCGAGGAUAGGUUACCUCGGAGGAGAGGUUACCCCGAAGAUAGGUUACCUGAAAAUUUUUUUUUAAAUGUUUUCGCUUCGGGACUUAGAAAAAAAGGAUUUUUUGUGAAAUUUGAAAAAAUUUUGAAAUGUUUUCGCUUCGGGAGUUGGAAAAAUAGGAUUUUUUGUGAAAUUUGAAAAAAUUUUGAAAUGUUUUCGCUUCGGGAGUUGGAAAAAAAGGAUUUUUUGUGAAAUUUGAAUAAAAUUUGAAAUGUUUUUGAGCUGACUGAGUAUGAACUGACUGAAUAUGAAAACUGGGUUUCUGUUACUUUACUACCUUUAGGGAUUCUUUUUGAAAUUUUUUCGACUUAUAACACUUAUAGACGUUAAUGGUGUUGUUUUGGUGCCUAGUACUGCUUAAAAAACACAUUUUUAACACUUGGUACUAUUUAGUACGAGGUGCAAAUUUGGCCGUAAGGCGGUAAUGCCGUUGGUUUGGUGCUUAGUAGAACCCAAAAACACGUUUUAACACUUGGUACUAUAUAGUACCAACUGGUACUGUUUAGUGAGAAGUGAAAAUUUGGCCGUAAGGCAGUAAUGGUGAUGGUGUGGUGCUUAGUAGAGCCCAAAAACACGUGGUACUAUAUAGUACCAGGUGGCCAUUGGUUUUAGACAAAAUUUUAGUGCUGGCGGCACCACAGUUAAUAGUCAGUCAGACACCCUUUUUCUACUCCCGAUGCGAAAAGAUUUCAAAAUUUUGUUGAAUUUUCCAAAAAUUCUUUUUUUCCCAGUCCCGAAGCGAAAACAUUUCAAAUUUUUUUUCAAAUUUCACAAAAAAUCCUUUUUUUCAAGUCCCGGAGCGAAAACAUUUCAAAUUUUAUUCAAAUUUCACAAAAAAUCCUUUCUUUCAAGUCCCGAAGCGAAAACAUUUCAAAUUUUAUUCAAAUUUCACAAAAAUUUUUCUUGCAGUUUGUCAUUACUGACCUCGGAUAUGCAAUCAGAAUCGGCUCGGAACGCUCGGCCUUUUAUCCAAUCCCCGAAACGGCAACCACUCACAUCCACGCGAAGAAAGCGUUGAAGGUGGAGGACUCGGAGAGCCUGCUCUUCAUGAUCCUGCGAAUGAUGGUUCCACUGCCUUGGGAGGGGGUGAAGAACAUUGAAGAGGCCAGGAAGAUCAAGUUGGAGUGUACCGAAGAAGGAAUACCGGACGAGUUCAACACCAAGGAGGCUAUUACCUUGUGUCACAUGCGGGGUCUCUACACGGACGACUUGGCGCUGGAAAACGUCGCCGAGAUGAUGAUCCUGUAUUAUCUGGCGGUAUGUGGAAUUUUUUUUUUUUUACCUGCGAAUUGGUUUUUAAGCGCAUUUUAUAUUUUGAAAAAGUUUCAGGUAGAACCGAGCGACGACCUCCACCUUCCGGUCCAUUUUCCAAAUGCCGAGUUCAAGUUGGCGGGCACGUUCAAGUCGUAUGACUAG